AUGCAGGUCCAAGAUGACCUUGCAACCCUCUUUUCCCGCAACCUGACUUUCAACCCUGAAGUCCAGAGUCAGGCCCCGGCCAAGGUGGAAGAGGAGCUUAAGCAGCAGACCCCAGACCCCACCCCCACCAAUGCCGCGCCAACUCCGGCCGCAGCUCCCAUUGUCUACUCCAUAACCCAGCACUACAACCACUCCGCGCAUCUCGCUCGCCAGCAAGAGCCCCAACAAGAGAUUCAGCGUCCCUCCUCUGAGCCUCCCCAGACUGAGCAGAUUACUCCCGAGGCUGUGCUCAGCCAGCACGGCGUUGACCCGUCCGUAUUGUCCCCUGCCCAAAUCCAACUCUUCCGAAUCUCCGAGGAACCCCACCAACUGCGCUUGAUCGAGCUCUGGUGCGCCGCCCCGCCUACAUCGAGCAACGACAACCCCUCCCUGGCAUGGACAAGCACCACACUUGAGCAGGAAGAGCAGCUGGCACGCAUGCGGUACGAGCGCACAGAAGCUGAGAAGCAACAGCAGCAAAAUGCGGUUAUGAGCCUCGACGGAACUCAGGUCCAAUCUGACGAUGGUCGUUGGCUUGCGAGCUCUAUCUCCCAUCACGUUGAGCCCUACAUGAUGUCUGGCUACGAGGAGAUGAUGCGCCGUGAGUAUGAGCGGGAGCAGAAGCGUGAGCGUGAGCGUGAGGAGGCUGAGCUCCGCUUCUCCGGCAACAAUUACUCCCAUUACGGAUCCGCCAUUGGCUCAACAUAUAAGCCGGCCACCGACCCCGUAUAUAAGGGUUUUGGGGAUGACUGGGCCCGUGAGCAGCAGAUGCAGAUGGAGAACCAGUAUGGUGCUUUCCAACAAUUUGGUGGUCCGACAGGGAACUUGGAGGCCAUGGAAAUCUUGUGA